AUGGACUUGCUCGUGGCUGCCGCUAGCGAAAAUGUCGUUGAAGAAUGUGAUCAGAAUAAGCACCAGUAUGACAUUUGGGAGCAGGUGAAAAACAAUGUGGUAGAUGUGCUUUUUGGAGUUCUGAAUAAAAACUCCAAUAUAUUGCCCAACUCAAAGCUAAAAGAUUUCGUGGACCUUGAUUUUUUCAGGCCUCUGACUAUUGAGCGUCUUUUUCAACUCUACUUUCGGAUAUUUCACGACCACUUUCCCAUUCUCCAUAAGCCCACUUUCAGCAAGAAUCCGGAGACAAUUCCGCCGCUUCUUGUGGUUUCAAUAAUCACCUUGGGGGCUUUUCACGAUUCUGUGGAAAACUACAAAACUGCGGUUGAGCUUCACGAAAAUUUCCGAUGGAUGGUUUUCAGCAGCUUGGAUCUCAUUCCACCGAAACUAUGGGUGAUCCAGACGUUGGCACUUAUCCAGGCAUUCGAAAAAAUGGCCUCGACGAGAAGACAGCAUGAAUUGUCAGCUACUUUCCAUAGUGCAGUUAUCACCUUGCUCAGGCGUGAUGGCUCGUGUGCCAAUAUGAGAGCUGAUAAAGAGCCUGCCGAGCUCAAUACUCUCCAACGGCAAUGGGACUCAUGGAUUGAAAAAGAGUCGAUAAAGAGAUGUGUGUUUUUUUUCUUCAUGAUGGAUGUGCAACAUGCCGUACUUUUUGGUCAUACUUCGAUCAUGACCAUAAAUGAGAUUCGACUAGAU